UUGCAGUUGUCUGGAAUCAUCUUGCGGCAGUCUGGUAUUAUCUUGCAGCAGUCUGGUAUUAUCUCACAGCAGUCUUGUAUUAUCUUGCAGCAAUCUGGUAUCAUCUUUCGGCAAUCUGGUAACAUCUCGCGGCAGUUUGGUAUUAUCUCGCGGCAGUCUGGUAGCAUCUCGCAGCAGUCUGUUAUCAUCUUGCAACAGUCUGGUAACAUCUCGCGGCAGUCUGGUAUCAUCUUGCGGCAGUCUGGAAACAUCUCGCGGCAGUCUUGAAUCAUCUCGCGGCAGUCUGGUUUCAUCUCGUGGCAGUUUGGUAACAUCUUGCGGCAGUCUGGUAACAUCUCACUGCAGUUUGGUAUUAUCUCGCGGCAGUCUAGUAACAUCUUGUGGCAGUCUGGUAUCAACUCGCAGCAGUUUGGUAACAUCUUGCGGCAGUCUGGUAACAUCUCACUGCAGUUUGUUAUUAUCUCGCGGCAGUCUGGUAACAUCUCGCGGCAGUCUGGUAUUCGCAACAGUCUGGUAACAUCUCGCGGCAGUCUGAUAACAUCUCCCGGCAGUCUGGCAGUCAUCUUUCUGCAGACUGGUAAAAUCUCGUGGCAGUCUGAAAUUAUCUUGCGGCAGUCUGGUAACAUCUCGCGGCAGUCUUGAAUCAUCUUGCAGCAGUGUGGUAUUUUUUUCCCAGCACUCUGGUAUUAUCUCACAGCAGUCUGUUUAUAUGUUGCCGCAGUCUGGUAUGAUCUCGCGGCAGUCUGGUAUGAUCUCGCGGCAGUCUGGUAUCAAACCACUGCAGCCUGGUAUCAUAUCCCGGCGGUCUGGUAUCAUCUUGCGGCGGUCUGGUAUUAACUCGCGGCUAUCGGGUAUCAUAUCCCGGCAGUCUGGUAUUAUCUUGCGGCAGUCUGAUAUUAUCUCGCAACAGUCUGGUAGCAUCUCGCGGCAGUCUGGUAUCAUCUUGCGGCAGUCUGGUAACAUCUCGCGGCAGUCUGUUAUCAUCUUGGGACAGUCUGGUAACAUCUCGCCGCAGUUUGGUUUUGUCCUGCGGCAGUCUUGCAACAUCUCGCGGCAGUCUGGUAACAUCUCGUGUCAGUCUGGUAUCAUUUUGCUGCAGUCUGGUAACAUCUUGCAGCAGUCUUGAAUUAUGUCGCAG